AUGGCUCUGAUGUUGGACAGGGUGUGUGUGACUGUGGCGCUCCUCGUUUCGGUUCUGGGAGGUCAAGCCUUGGACCUGCUGAGAGCUACGGCCACGUCAGGAGAUCCACCCUCCACUCCCAAGGUGCAUUGCUGGUGCUCCAGCUAUCCCAACAUGACGCUUUGCUCCUGGCCUCAACCCUCCCACUCCCCUCCAACUCAUUAUCUCGCCACCUACAGUGAGAGGCACCCACACACAAACACCAAGCACUGCCAUCUCAUCCCACCUGGAUCUUCAUCCUCAGCUCUGACCUCAGUCCCAUCAUCAGCCUCCAAACAGCUGUGGCACUGUCACCUGCCCAACCUGAAGCUCCUCACUGACUACAUCAUCAACAUCACAGCAGUUCAUUCUGCCGGAAGCAGCUCUCAUCUAACGAGCUUCAUGCUGGAGGACAUCGUGAAACCAGAUCCUCCGGUUCAUGUCCAAGUUUCCCCUCAUAAUGUCAAACACCUGGUGGUGCAGUGGUCUCCUCCUCCCACCUGGACCAGUCUGGACAUCUUCCCCCUGAAGUACCAGGUCCUGCACCAGUGGGAGAACAGCGGCAUCCCAAAGUCUGUCAAGCUGGGUCCGUUUGAGAACACCAGGGUUGUACUGAAGGGGCUGAUCCCAGGGAGGACCUACCAGUUCCAGGUGUGUGCUGAAGAAAUGCUGGGUCUGGGGUGGUGCAGUGACUGGAGCUCACCUGUAAAAAUCACUCUACCUAAAACCAAACUCUAAUUUAUGUUGCAUUUCAUUUUUUUAUCUGCACAUUUUAAGUAAAG